UUCGUGACCAGAGGCGGGCGUAUUUCUGAUUCCAAAUUCAUAUUCAUAUUCGAUAUUAAUAAAUCCUCGGCGGCUGCUAUUGGAGACCCCAGUUCCCGGUCCGAUCGGCAUGAUUCGGCGAUUGUCUGGCGAGCACUGAGAAGAAGUCAUGGGCUGUGCCAGCAGCACUCCCAUGGUUGCAACGGCGGGCAGCGAAAUGCUGAAAGCCGCCAGCCAUGUCAAGCAGAAGGGCGAGGCCGUCGUGGAAGACGCCUCUGAGACGCUGACCACCACUUUGGACACGGCCAAGGAGACCGUUGGAACGGCGGUGGCGGGAAUAACCAACGAGCUGGGCAACGCCUUCAAGGAGGGCACUCAGGCUCUGGACGAGGCCAAGCACAAGGUCAUGGAGGGCCUGCAUCUGGAAGAACCAAAGGAAACCGAGGAGAAAACAGAUCCUGAAGAGGCUACUAUGAGCACUUCCCGGGCUCCAACUCCGCAACUAAAAGAGGAAGAUGCAGAUAGCCUGAAGACCUCUACGCCGGAACCGGAAAUCGAAAGGGCUCUGGCCAACGAGGAGGAGAGUCCGCCCAGUCCGAAACCCACGCUGCAGGAGAUGGUUCAGCUGAGCGCCGAGGUCUCCCUGGUGGCAGAGGCAAUAGCACCUCCUGCCGCAGAAUCAACCGAAUCAACUGCACCUGAGGUACCCGCACCUGCAACCUCAACCGAAUCCUCCGCCCCCGUGGAAAGUCGUAAAGUUCGUCGUAAAAAGGACAAAGAGCCGCAAAGACCCAGUACCACCGAGUGGGAGAAGUUCGCGGACCAGUUGGCCAAGAGCAAGAAGUUCAAGCCCUACGAGAGUUUCGCCCAUAGUCAGAACAAGUUCUCCGUUUACCAGGAUUACACAAGCCUGCGGGACAAGCCGAAUCACUACGAUGGUCAUUUCAGUGGCGGAAACUCGCUGAGUGCCUCCCAGUCGGAUCUGUCCAGUGGUCACAUAACUCCCGCCCCCACUCGUCGGGGUCAGCGGGAGUUCGCCAAGUUCGUGGGCUCCGAGCAGCCGGGCAGCAUUUCACGCUCCAGUUCCAGGCUCUCGAACCCCGCCACUUCCAGGACCUUCGACUUCAAUCCCCAACGCGAACGCAUCAGUCUUCCAGUCACCACACGCAUUGGUUCCGGUAUCCAAAGAACUCCCGCGGAAAGGAUUUCCGGUUGGGGCAGAGGAAGGCCCACUCCUUUGGCGGAGGAACCCGGUUAUGGACGCAGGAUGAGCACGGGGGUCCUCCAACAGCACCUGCGACCUGAGAGGGAGAAGUUCCUGAGCACUGGUAGCCGCCGAGCAGUACAUCCCAGUACCCCAAUAAGGGACGCUAAAAGGGAAAAGACCUCCAAGAAACAGCCUGCCAAGAACCUUUCUUCUAGAGAGUCGUCUUACUUGGAGUUUGAUUCUCACAGAAUCGACAAAAGUCCACUAACGAUAACCAAACCUAUUUCAAGGGAUAUGGUCCGCUCCAGAGAACCAUCUUUCCAUGAAUUUGAUUCCAUAAAGGCACAUAAGAGUCCGAUUAAAGUAUCAAAUUUAACAAAGGAAACGCAGACUGCAUCUUCUAAGGAUUCCAAGCUCUUAAAAGCUGACCAAAGCCCCAUGAGAAUAAAAAAACCUUCGACCCAGGAGGUCGUAAGAUCUAGAGAGCCCUCCUAUAUUGAAUUCGAUUCCUUAAAAGGUGAUCAGAGUCCGCUGAGGGUAAAAUCUUUGGCAAAGGAAGUAUUUCGAUCUAUACAGCCGUCCUACAUUGAUCUUAAUUCCUAUAAAGCAGAUAAAAGUCCCUUCAGAAUGCCACAGACUGUAGUAUUAAAUGAAGAUUCUAAGCUAGAAGAAAAGGAAACCAAUGAUCAUCAUACUUCCCUCGAGCAACUACCUCAGACAGAUCUCAGCCCAAGUGAGGAAACUCACACCCCAACCAACCAACUUUUAUCCUCUGCAUCUCGUACACCUCAAAAGAUGAAAAACCCUGUGGAAAAGGCCAAGGUUUCCACUUCAAAGAGACCAUCACCUUCAGCUUCGCGUGCUUCCAGCGCUAGAUCUUCAGACAGCAGCAACUUAGAUGUGAUAAUCCAGCCCAUGAGCAGUCUGAACACACCCAGUAUCAAGUCCUUUACCCAGUCACCAGAUCAAGUGGUAAUGGAGGGCUACGAGGAUUCCGACUUGGAGGCAGCGCUGGCCAGGCUGGAAAUCCUGAGAGGAUCCACGGCCACUCUGCAUUCGCUGAGAUCCUGCAGUCCUGGCAAACACACCUACACAGCUUCCCUACUGAGUUCCCGACGAACUUCGCCUUGGGUGAACCGCAAGAACUACGGAGGCACUAUAGCCAAGGAAAAGAAACCAUCUACAUUGGUGGAUGGUCCCAGGAAAUCCUCAGAGACCAGCCAUCAAGCCCUCGAACGCUGCGAUAUUUGCUAUAAUGAGUUUAUUAUAAACUAAAAGUUUACAUCUAUAUAAAUUUGUCUAAAAUUCUUUUCUAAUUAAAAU